AUGGCUGUUGGAGUUCAUCCCUUCUGUGCCUUUGGUUUUUUCCUUUUAUCCAAUGCUCUAAUCUGUGGCACUACUAGACAUAGGGCAUGCCUAUGCUUCGAGCUGGAGAUGUUCCUUGCCGAGGAGAAUGUGGAUUUUCGGAUACACGUGGAGAAUCAGACACGAGCAAGGGACGAUGUGAGCAGGAAGCAGCUUAGACUCUACCAGCUGUACAGCAGAACGAGUGGGAAACACAUCCAAGUUCUAGGCAGGAGGAUCAGUGCUAAGGGGGAAGAUGGAGACAAAUAUGCCCAGCUUCUAGUGGAAACAGACACAUUUGGCAGUCAAGUCCGGAUCAAAGGGAAAGAGACAGACUUUUACCUUUGCAUGAACAGGAAAGGCAAGCUAGUGGGGAAGCCUGAUGGCACCAGCAAAGAGUGUGUCUUCAUUGAAAAAGUCCUAGAAAACAACUACACAGCACUGAUGUCUGCGAAAUACUCUGGCUGGUACGUUGGAUUUACCAAAAAGGGAAGGCCACGAAAAGGGCCCAAGACCCAGGAAAACCAACAAGAUGUGCAUUUUAUGAAAAGGUACCCAAAGGGUCAAGUGGAGUUACAGAAACCUUUCAAGUACACCACAGUGACCAAGAGGACUAAGAGAAUACGACCUACCAACCCCAGUUAA